AUGAUAUUGUUAUGUGUAUUCAUAUAGUUGAUGAUAUUGUUAUGUGUAUUCAUAUAGUUGAUGAUAUUGUUGUGUGUAUUCAUAUAGUUGAUGAUAUUGUUAUGUGUAUUCAUAUAGUUGAUGAUAUUGUUAUAUUCAUAUAGUUGAUGAUAUUGUUAUGUGUAUUCAUAUAGUUGAUGAUAUUGUUAUGUGUGUUCAUAUAGUUGAUGAUAUUGUUAUAUUCAUAUAGUUGAUGAUAUUGUUAUGUGUAUUCAUAUAGUUGAUGAUAUUGUUAUGUGUAUUCAUAUAGUUGAUGAUAUUGUUAUGUGUAUUCAUAUAGUUGAUGAUAUUGUUAUGUGUAUUCAUAUAGUUGAUGAUAUUGUUAUGUGUAUUCAUAUAGUUGAUGAUAUUGUUAUGUGUAUUCAUAUAGUUGAUGAUAUUGUUAUGUGUAUUCAUAUAGUUGAUGAUAUUGUUAUGUGUACUCAUAUAGUUGAUGAUAUUGUUAUGUGUAUUCAUAUAGUUGAUGAUAUUGUUAUGUGUAUUCAUAUAGUUGAUAAUAUUGUUGUGUGUAUUCAUAUAGUUGAUGAUAUUUUUGGUGGACAGUGUUAUAAUAGGCCUACUCUCCUUAAAUGUUUGAUAUAAACUAGAUGCGUGGGGUGAAUUUGUUCUGUGCCCAUCUGUGUGCCCCAGGGUGAUCACUCAUACACUAUCUAGAAUCUAAAAGGGUUCUUUGGCUGUCCCCAUAGGAGAACCCUUUGUAGAACCCUUUUUGGUAACUAGGUACUAGGAACCCUUUUGGGUUCCAUGAAGAACCCUUUCCACAGAGGGUUCUGCAUAGAAGCCAGGAGAAUUCUACCUGGAACCCAAAAGCGUUCUCUUAUGGGGACAGACGGAGGACCUGUUUGGAACCCUUUAGUCUAAGAGUGUACUGUAUCAUAGGUCUAUAGACCAGGGUGAUCUCCUACUGUACCAUAGGUCUAUAGACCAGGGUGAUCUCCUACUGUAUCAUAGGUCUAUAGACCAGGGUGAUCUCCUACUGUAUCAUAGGUCUAUAGACCAGGGUGAUCUCCUACUGUAUCAUAGGUCUAUAGACCAGGGUGAUCUCCUACUGUAUCAUAGGGCUAUAGACCAGGGUGAUCUCCUACUGUACCAUAGGUCUAUAGACCAGGGUGAUCUCCUACUGUAUCAUAGGUCUAUAGACCAGGGUGAUCUCCUACUGUACCAUAGGUCUAUAGACCAGGGUGAUCGCCUACUGUACCAUAGGUCUAUAGACCAGGGUGAUCUCCUACUGUAUCAUAGGUCUAUAGACCAGGGUGAUCUCCUACUGUAUCAUAGGUCUAUAGACCAGGGUGAUCUCCUACUGUAUCAUAGGUCUAUGGACCAGGGUGAUCUCCUACUGUAUCAUAGGUCUAUGGACCAGGGUGAUCUCAUACUGUAUCAUAGGUCUAUAGACCAGGGUGAUCUCCUACUGUAUCAUAGGUCUAUAGACCAGGGUGAUCUCCUACUGUAUCAUAGGUCUAUGGACCAGGGUGAUCUCAUACUGUAUCAUAGGUCUAUAGACUUGUCUUCUCAAAACAGACUUAAAAAAUAACAUGCAACAAACAACCAUUUUCUCUUUCUAAUCUGCUGUUAACGCCUUUUACUCAGGGAGGUAUUUUGUGUGAAAGAGACAAAUAAAUAUUGUGGAAAGACUAACAACAACUUACACUUCCUCAAAACAGGUUGUGUGUCAUUAGUGCCAUUUAAAACUGUUGGCAUACCAAAAACACCAACAUAGAAAUAGAAAAAUUAGAACACCCCUCUUAUCUACAACACCAUAGAGAACCAAGGGCUCUCUGUGGUCAGGGCGUGACAGCAACAUUUUAAAACUGUUGGCUGUGGAGUAAACUAAUGAAUACAACCCAGGUUGUUGCCUACGACUCGGCAUGUUGAUACCUGCCUGAUGCUGAAACCUGAACGUAGCCUGAGGGGUAAACUAUGAUACCAGCCAGAUAUACUGGUUUUCUAAAGUUAGCCAGCUUCAGUUAGCUUCACAUUCCAGCUCAGACCUCAUCCAUCAGAAUAUACAGAACAGAACAGAAAAUAUCUCAAUGUCUUGACAUGUUCUGGUUGUGAAUUCAGGCUACAAGGGGUCAGUGCUCUAAAAUGAGUCUCUCUGGGGAGAGAAAGGAGAGAAAGGAGGGGGGGCCUGCAUCUAAAAGGAGUCUCUCUGGAGAACAUGACACCAAAGCUAAGAGACCAAUCAAGCAGGAGAGACCAGCCUCCCCUGUUCCCAGCUGUGUGUCCAUGAAGAGUGACUGGUCUAUGGGUCGUCCUAUAAACUUUAGAGAGGGAGACUUUUCUACUGAACAAAGAAACCAACAGGAGAGAUCAGAGUCAGAGAUUCUCAGUGGUCAGUCUUCCCAGAGUCAUCAAACAGACCUGGCCUCCAUAUUCAGUUUGCUUGAAGAGAAAAUGAUGACAUUUGUGAAGAACGAGCUGAAGAUGUUCAAGAGGAUUCUUAGUCCAGAAUUCCCAGAAGGCUUUGAGAGUCAGAAGCAGGACAAGGAAGUGGUGGACGCUGAAGAUGAGAAGCAGGAGAGCAGUGCCAGAGAGGGGGCUCUGAAGAUCACACUGCACAUCCUGAGGAAAAUGAACCAGAAGGAGCUUGCUGACACACUGGAGAAAUAUGAGCUUGCUGUGAUUUGCCAACGUGAACUCAAAUCUAAUCUAAAGAAGAAUUUUCAAUGUGUAUUUGAGGGGAUCGCUAAACAAGGAAACCCAACACUUCUCAAUAAGAUCUACACAGAGCUCUACAUCACAGAGGGUGGAACAGGAGAGGUCAAUAAUGAACAUGAGCUGAGACAGAUUGAGACAACAACCAGAAAACAAGCAAGACCAGAGACUGCAAUCAAAUGUAACGACAUCUUCAAACCCUUAACUGGACAAGACAAACGUAUCAGAACUGUGCUGACAAAGGGAGUCGCUGGCAUUGGAAAAACAGUCUCUGUGCAGAAGUUCAUUCUGGACUGGGCUGAAGGAAAAGCAAAUCAGGAUGUCCAAUUUGUAUUUUCAUUCCCUUUUCGGGAGCUGAAUUUGAUGAAAGGGGACAAACACACUUUCAUUGAACUUCUCAAUCACUUCUCAAUGGAAACCAAACAAUCAGGAAUCUCCAUCUACAACAAGUACAAUGUUCUGUUCAUCUUUGAUGGUCUGGAUGAGUGCCGACUGCCCCUAGACUUCCAGAAGAACAAGAUCUGUUGUGACGUCACAGAGUCAACCUCAGUGGAUGUUCUGCUGACAAAUCUCAUCAAGGGAAAUCUGCUUCCCUCUGCUCUCCUCUGGAUAACUACCCGACCUGCAGCAGCCAAUAAGAUCCCUUCAGGGUGUGUUGACCAGGUGACAGAGGUACGAGGGUUCAAUGACCCACAGAAGGAGGAGUACUUCAGGAAGAAAUUCAGUGAUGAGGACCUGGCCAGCAGAAUCAUCUCACACAUAAAGACAUCAAGGAGCCUCCACAUCAUGUGCCACAUUCCAGUCUUCUGUUGGAUUUCUGCUAUAGUCCUUGAAUACAUGCUGAAACACAAGAGAGAAGAGAUGCCCAAGACUCUGACUGAGAUGUACACACACCUUGUGAUGUUUUAUACCAAACAGAAGAAUGAAAAGUAUCUUGGGAAAGAAGAGACAGGUCCACACUGGAAUAAAGAGAGCAUUCUGUCAUUGGGAAAACUGGCUUUUCAACAGCUUGUGAAUGGCAAUCUGAUUUUCUAUGAAGAAGACCUGAAAGAGGCUGGCAUUGAUGUCAAUGAAGCCUCAGUGUACUCAGGAUUGUGCACACAGCUCUUUAAAGAGGAAUGUGGGCUGUACCAGGACAAGGUGUACUGCUUUGUUCAUCUGAGCAUUCAGGAGUUUCUGGCUGCUGUAUAUGUGUUCCUCUCAUUCAUCAACAACAAUGAGAAUCUAAUGGCCGAACUGCAAACAAAGUCCAGCAUCUUUGCUUCGCUGUUCAGAGACAAGCCUGAAGUUACUUUCUACAAGAGUGCUGUGGAUAAAGCCUUACAAAGUGAGACAGGAAACUUGGACCUUUUCCUCCGCUUCCUUCUGGGCCUCUCACUGGAGUCCAAUCAGAAGCACUUACGAGGUCUACUGACAAAGACGAGAAGCAGCUCACAAAGCCAUGAAGAAACAAUCAAGUACAUCAAGAAGAAGAUCAGGGAGAAUCCCUCUCCAGAGAGGAGCAUCAAUCUGUUCCACUGUCUGAAUGAACUGAAUGACCAUUCUCUAGUGGAGGAGAUCCAAAGCUACCUGAGAUCAGGAAGUCUCUCAGAACCCAACCUGUCACCUGGACAGUGGUCAGCUCUGGUCUUUGUGUUGCUGACUUCAGAAAAGGAGCUGGAUGUGUUUGACUUGAAGAAAUACUCCAGAUCAGAGGAAGGUCUUCUGAGGCUGCUGCCAGUGGUCAAAGCCUCCAGAGCUGUUCUGCUGUCAGGCUGUGGAGUCACAGAGGAAGGCUGUGCUUCUCUGGUCUCAGCUCUGAGGUCAAACCCUUCAUACCUGAGAGAGCUGGACCUGAGUAACAAUGACCUGAAGGAUUCAGGAGUGGAGCUGCUCUCUGCUGUACUGGAGAAUCCCCACUGUAAACUGGAGACUCUGAGGUCAGUAUUCCUGUAGUUGGUCAACAAGUGA